GGCGGGACCAAAAGCAGCCGUUCAGACGCUCUUCAUGUAUCUGUCAAGUGAAUUGGGUCUGUUUUUUUUAAAAGCUCGUGUCAACAGUUGCGUGCAAAGCUUAAUUUGAUAUUUCCAGUUUGAAGCUGUAGAUUUUGGUGUUUACUGAUAUUCCCACUCAGCGGACACCAUGGGUGAGGUGGAGCUGUCCUGUCGCGCUUACGUGAAGAUGUACCUGCACGCCUGCCUCUUUCCGCGCUGUAGCAUCAAUGGCCUGCUGUUGUCGUCCAGCCCGACAGGUGGCGCUGUUUGCGUGACUGACUGUGUCCCGCUGCUCCACUCCCACCUGCCCCUGGCUCCUAUCACCCAGCUGGCCCUUACACAGGUGGAUGUUUGGUGUUCACAGACUCAGCAGAGGAUAGUGGGAUAUUACCAAGCCAACGCCUGCGUGUCAGAUAACAACCCGACACCGUGUGCGCUGAAGGUCGCCGAUAAGAUUGCAGAGCAGUUUGACAAUCCAGUUUUAUUAAUGCUCGAUGGCAGUAAGAUGUCUCCAGACUAUCGGGUUCCUCCCAUCGUGAUGUACGAGCGCAAAGACUCAAGAUGGAUACUCAAAGACAAACACACGAUAAUGCUGAGACAGUGGGAGGAGACUCGGGCCAUAGCGAGCCAGAUGAUGGAGUCAGGUGAUCACACGCUAUUGGUGGAUUUUGACAGCCACCUGGACGACAUCACAAAAGACUGGACCAAUCAGAAACUUAACACCAAGAUAGAGGAACUCGCCUCGCCGGCCAACGGAAACAUCUAGACUGAAGAGUAGCAUCACUUUUUCUGCACAAAUGUGAUUUUUACAGAACAACGCACACUCGACACCGAGUUUAAGGAGACGUUUAUUUUUUUCCGAGUGAACAAGAACAUAUAUGCAUAAAUAACAAUAUUUACAUCUCACUAGUUUCCCGCCCACCCCAGAGUGUGCCUUGUGGUCCAUCCCAAUACCCUGCUCAUUUAAAGGACACUUCCACCUUAAAGUCCUCCUCUAACACUACUACAACAUAUAGAUAUGUUCCCCCUCUUUCCCUUAGUUUAUGCAUUAGUAUGAUUCCAGCAAACUAUACAUGAAACAGGAUGGACAAAAGGACAAAAAUGCCUUACAAUACUAAAAUCCUGCAGUAAAUACCAAGCUAGAUGAAGCUCAAAAUAUUUGUUUUUCAUUAGGUUUGAUUUAAAAGGAACUCUCAAGUUUGUGGUUUUGACUUUGGGAAGACUUAAAGUAAUAUAUUAAAAAUAAAAUGGGGAGGGGGGUACAUCCACCCUUUAACACCGUGCAGAUGUGUUUGUUAUGACUCCAAUGCCUCGUGCGGGCACUUACACUGUAAAGAACUGGUUAAAUAGAGUUGUGACAUUACAAAUAUAACAGUUGACCAUUCAAAUAAACUCCCUGUCAAAGUUUA